AAAAUGCUUCCUAAAUUUUAAAAUUCUUUUGCUUAAGAUAAGAAUCUUCAAACUCUUAUUGAAUCCUUUAAUUCAUCUCAGAAAAAUCCUAAUCCUCUUGCAAGAAAUCGAUACAAUUCUUAUGUACCUUAUGGAGCAGGAAAUAAUAUUAGAUAAACAACAAAUAGUACAUAAACAUUAAGUAAAAAUAUAAUCGGAAUUAUUAUUUAGAUAUCUUUUAAGAAAAAGUAUCAUUUACAUUAUAAUCUAAUCCAUCAGUCAUGUAAGAAUCUAAAUGAAUAAUUUAUAGUUCUACUUUGACAAACGAUUAGUAAGACAUAAUCUUGAAAUUUUAAUUGAACAAUAGAAAUUUAUAAAUUUUCACUCUUGACAAAAUUCCAAGAGAGUAGAAAGAAGAAGAAUUAACUUAGAAUCCUUAUAUUGUAAAUAGUUUUAAUUUAAUAGUCUUAUCAAUAUUAAUAAUAAUAAUAAUAAAAAUAAAAGAUUGAUUUUAAACUUGAAGAUGUUGAUGAAAUAGAAGUAAAUGGAAAUGAUAACCUUUUAAUAAUAUCGACAAAAUCAUUAAUUAAAUAUACAAAAAUAGAGUAAAAUAAAAAACCUAUCCAAAACUUGCCUCCAGAAAUUUAUAGUAAUUAUAUAUAUUUUUUAUAAUUCCUUUAGAUAAAAAUGAAACAUAGGUGUUAUAAAUUCAAUUUAAAUUUUUAAGAGAAUGGUAUACAAAAUUAGGAAAUAAUUUAUAUGCAGCUAAAAAAGUAUUAUAAGAGUUUUUAAAAACAUUAACAUUACCUAAAAUGAAAUUCACAGCAUUUGAUUAAUAAUAGCCAGUUUUAUCUGAACCAUAAGUUUAACAUCCUUAACCAGAUCCAAAUAAAAAACCACAGAAAAUUGAAAAAUAAGAAGUUGAAAAAGAACCAGAAGAUGUUGAAUAACCUGUUUAAAUAUCAGAAAAAGAUCUCUAAAAUCUCUUCCCUCAUGUAACUGAAGAAUUUGUAUAAAGACAAAGGGAAGCAUUAGAAAAAAGUAUUCUUACUUUUUAUUUAUAUUAGAAAACUAAACAACUGAUGAAAAAAUUAAACGUUUAUUUGAAGAAGUGAAAAUAAGACAAUAUAAAUCGUAACCUUAUAAUACUGACAAAAAUUCUUUCAAAUGUCCGUAUCAUAAAUGUCAAAAGAUCUAUAAAAAACCUAAUCAAUUGAAAAAUCAUCUCAAAACUAAUCAUCAAAAAUUAUCUGAAAUUGGUUUUACUAUAGAUGAUAAUGGAGAAUAUAAAUAUAAUGAAAGAAUUUUAGAUUAUUGUUUAUUAUUAUGGAAAGUUUAUCCUAAUUUUGUAAAAUCUGUCAUUAAUGAAGUACUGAUAUAAUAAAAUUUUAGAUGAGACAAAGGAAAGAACAAACAAGUACAUGAGUUAGAG